AAAUAAACUUGCCUUGCCUCACAGUGGGAGUGUAAGACUGAUAUGGACAAUGCCUACCGAUUUGGUCGCAUUGAGGUGAGCUGUGAGGGCUUCAGCCAACCUGCUGACUCCCUCAUCCUGAGGGGCUCCUGUGGGCUAGAGUACACUCUGGAGCUGACUGAAGGGGGUCGGAGGACAGCCCAGGGCAGCGGGGACACGCAUGGUGGAUCUAAAGGAGGUCUGGGGGGCUUUGCCUCCAGUUUCUUCAGCGGUUUCUCUGGAAACAAGCAUCAGGGUCAACAGCAGAGCCAGCAGAGUGCGUCCCCCUCAGGCGGGGAGGACUCAGCUGGCCUGCUGGGGGUCGCUGUGCUUCUGCUCUUAGCCUUCGGAGUCUACAAGCUUUUCCUCAGUGGGAACACGGCCCAGGGGGGGCAGGACAGAGGACAGGCUGGUUACCCAAGAGAUGAUCACCACAGCUCCAGCACAGGACCCCCGCCCCCGGGAUUCAAACCUGACUUCACAGGCAGCUCAGGUAAUAUGUCAAAGUAUGGGUAGAGUGACAAUAGGUGGGCUGGUUGCUCUGCACUUUCUCCCUGGAAAGCCCUUCCUCAAAGAACCGCUGUGCUGGAUACACGCUAGGGGUUUCACCAACUAAUCGACUAGUGGACUAGUCCAGUGUUUUUCUAAGUGGGGGCCC